GUAGCCUAACCAAACUCCGAGCGCUCAGCGCAGAUGCUCAUGUGAUCUCUUCGGGCGAAUCAGAGCACACGACAACUGCAGAAUAUAUCAUUUUUAAGCACCAGCGUACGGAUUCAUGAAGGACGACCUAGAUGUUUGGUCAAUGUACGAGUGUCUUUGAAAAAAAGGAGGUUUAGUUGUUAUAAGGCUAUUCGGCAGCUGUCGUAGGCCGAGACAGUUGAACAGCAUCAAGGUGCUUUACACAUCAGAGGCGAAAGGAUCUUAAUCAGAAUCAGUAUCCGUCGGCAUGUUGUGUAGCGGGAUGAUGUCGAGUACAGCUCUGCGGACGAUGAUGCUGCUCCUGGCGGUCCAGCUUCUCUGCCUCAGACCGAUAAGCGCCGAGCAAGAGUCUGGUACAGUAAUUCCUGCUGAGAGCCGACCAUGUGUGGAUUGUCAUGCCUUUGAAUUCAUGCAGAGGGCUCUGCAAGACUUAAAGAAGACCGCCUUUAACCUGGACUCACGGACGGAGAGCUUGGUGUUGCGGGCAGAGCAGAGGGCCCUGUGUGACUGCAUGCCUGGCACCACUCUGCGCUGAGCAGACCACACUCCACCAUGGCCGUCUCCGGGUGCCAAGGUUGGGCACCUCUCACCUGGGCACGCACCAAGACAUGACACAAUGACGUUACUUCCUCACCUGACUAGAAGAUCCCAUCCACCAGCACCUUAUCAUUGCAGAUACUUUAUUCACAAUAAUCAUUCUCUCUCUCUCUCUCUCUCUUUCUCUCUCUCGCUUUCUCUCUCGCUUUCUCUCUGUCUAGGCAUACCUCUUUUUAUUGUCUCUCUUCGUCCUUUUGCUCCAUGCUGAAAGAGGACUUUAUAUGACUUCACUUCACUUUUCCCCGUCUACAUUUCAUGCUGACAUAAUGGAAACAGAGCUCGACCCAAGUAGCCUCCUCUUUUCAUAAGCGUCUCCCUUCCUCUACUUGUCAACUGGAACGUCGGAACAUUUUGUAGGUCAACAUGUCUCACCAUGCAUAUUAUUUGCACAGUAGAGUAGGUGUCUUUGCACACUAUGUACUUAAAGAUAGAAAUGUUCAGAUCAUUGUAUUAAGAAACUAUUUAGAUUAUUACUUUAUUCCACUGUCAUUUUAACAGAAUUGUAUCCGUAGCAGAAAUGAUAACUCUGUGAAAGACCACUUACAAUGUACUAAUGCAUUAUAGAAAUUCCGCUCAUAUAUGAUGUGAUUAUUUUAGAUGUAGAAUAGAGAUAGAGUUGUUUGACAGCAUGGAGAUUGUUUUGUCUAGUAAAGGACAUACGUCCUAUUAAGACCAUUUGGGGGUGAAUUGUAUUGAUUUGUACGGACACCGAAUACCACUUUUUAAAAAUCAAAGUUUUGAUUUUGUAUGACUCAUUGAGGGUUUGUGGGAUUUAAUUUCUGUGGUAGAUUUAAGAUAAACAGUUUAAUUGGUAUAAAGUAUAGUUAAACAUGGUAUUCACAGUAUUGGUAUUCUGCUAAGAAAAAAACGAAUUGUUUUCCAGAAACAAUGUUCUAUCAGUGCUAUUUUGUAGUAAUCUAACUACAGCAAAUCAGACUGUGAACCCUCUUUUGAGUUGUACUAGCUCUGAAAAAAAAAUACAUGGCUACAAAUACUUGUUAUGAGUAUACCUGUAUGUUUACAAUGUUGAUAGGCUGAUACAAACAAAUAAAGUAAUACUUUAGAAUUUA